AGAGAAGGGAAAGAAAAUCAAUGUAAUAAAUUAUUGUCUGAAAAAAGCUAGAAACCUUAUCGGAUUUCAAGGCUUGGAUUGGUACUAAGUAGAUUUUACUCAUCCCAAAAGAAAAAUUACAGCAAAAGUUGUAUACAUGUAUAAGGUAUUUGUCUACAUACCUUGUUAUAAAUAGAAAGUAUGUGGGCAUAGCUUUCUUCAUCACACCAUCGUAAACAAACACACACACACUCAUCAAUGGCUACCCUUAUUGCUCCCAGCAACCACUCUGCCCAAGAAGAUGCUGAAGCUCUCAGAAAGUCUUUUGAAGGAUGGGGUACUGAUGAGAACCUUAUAAUAACAAUAUUGGGUCAUAGAACUGUUCAUCAGAGGCAACAAAUCAGAAGAGUUUAUGAGGAAAUUUAUCAGGAGGAUCUUGUGAAACGCUUAGAGUCUGAGAUCAAAGGAGACUUUGAGAAAGCUGUGUACCGAUGGAUUCUUGAACCUGCAGAUCGUGAUGCUGUUUUGGCCAAUGUUGCCAUCAAGAGUGGCAAAAACUACAAUGUCAUUGUGGAAAUUGCCACUAUCUCCUCCCCAGAAGAGCUUUUGGCUGUUAGACGUGCUUAUCUCCUCCGCUACAAGCACUCUUUGGAAGAAGAUCUUGCAGCACAUACCACUGGCCAUAUACGCCAGCUUCUAGUGGGGUUGGUGACCUCAUUCAGGUAUGUUGGUGAUGAGAUCAAUCCAAAAUUGGCACAAAGUGAGGCUGAAAUUCUUCAUGAUGCUGUGAAAGAGAAGAAGGGUUCCUAUGAAGAGGCCAUCAGGGUCUUAACUACAAGGAGCAAGACUCAGCUCAUUGCAACUUUCAACCGCUACAGAGAGAUCCAUGGCACUUCCAUCUCUAAGAAACUGGUGGAUGAAGGAUCUAAUGAUUUUGAGAAGGCAUUGUACACCACCAUCCGUUCCAUCAAUGAUCAUUUUAAGUACUAUGAAAAGGUGGUGAGAAAUGCUAUCAAGAAGGUUGGAACUGAUGAGGAUGCACUCACCCGUGUGGUUGUGAGUAGGGCUGAGAAGGAUCUGAAGAUAGUCUCAGAGGUUUACUACAAGAGAAACAGUGUUCUUCUUGAACAUGCCAUUGCCAAGGAAAUUUCAGGGGAUUACAAGAAGUUCCUUCUCACUCUGUUGGGGAAAGAGGACUGAGUUUUUUUUUUUGAGGGCAUUUGUGAUAAUGAGUUUAGAACACCCCAACUCAUACUUGUGUAAUUUGGUGUUUCCGGUGUUGCUUUUCCUUUAGUUUGUAUUUCUCCUUUCUCUUACGUUAAGUAUAUUUCUGCAUGGGAACAUAGAUUUCUUCUAUGAGUGGUAAUGUGAGAGCUGUUUGGUGGCUAUAAAUUAUGAACAGACUAAACAAUAAAAGAUAUCAUGAGAAUGCCCUUUUCUGUUAA